AAAAAAAAUAUGCUUUUUUUAGCACGCUUGUUGUUUUUUGUGCUUCCUCUUGUUUUAGCUUAUCGAGAAUUGCCAAAUGAAGCACUUCGUCACCUAUCCAAGUUUACAAAUACAACAAGACUUUCAGUCAACGGCAACCUUAUGAAGCCUUUAUUGAUCGAAAGAGUCUCAGACACACCAGGGAACAGACAAGUGAGAGAAUUCAUUGUCGAACACUUUAAGUCUCUAGGUUGGCAUGUUGAAUUGGAUGAAUUUUCAGACACAACACCUUUUGGAAACAAGUCUUUUGCUAAUAUUAUUGUUACGCAUAACCCUGAUAAGCCAACGAGGCUUGUUUUAGCAGCCCAUUAUGAUUCUAUGUAUUCGCCUGAUUUUGAAUUUAUUGGCGCCACAGACAGUGCGAUUCCUUGUGGUAUCUUGAUGAACAUUGCAGAAGUCAUGAACGAUAUGAUGUCAGAUAAUUCUGUUCACUAUAGACAAAAAGACAAGACGCUUCAAAUGAUUUUCUUUGACGGAGAAGAAGCAUUCCAGCAAUGGAGUCCCACAGACUCAAUUUAUGGAGCGAGACAUUUAGCAAAUCUUUGGGAGAAUUCCAUUGUAUCUAGCCCAACCAAGACAAUGAGAAACAGAUUGGACCAGAUUGAAGUGAUGGUAUUACUCGAUCUUUUGGGCGUAGCCAACACACAAUUUCCCAACUUGUAUCGAUCAACAAGUUGGCUAUAUGACCAACUGAUAAAUUUAGAAAAUCGACUUAAUAACCAGUCUAUUCUCAAGACUGUGUCUUCAAAAACGGGUCAAGAUUUAGUAUCAAUGUUCAAUCCAAACUCUUUCUUGACAUUCAGAGGGGAAGCAAUAGGAGACGAUCACGUUCCAUUUUUGAUGCGUGGAGUCAAUAUUUUACAUAUGAUCCCUCACCCGUUCCCUAAUGUUUGGCACAAUAGACUUGACAAUGCAGAUUGUAUUGACGAUAAUGUAGUUGAAAACUUAUCAGUUCUUUUCCGUACAUUUACUGCAGAAUAUUUAGAAUUAGAUCCCUUACCACAUAAUGAAUUAUAAUCAUAAUCAUAAAGCUUUACAGUUAUGUAGAUAU